AUGGUUGUUGGAAAUCCGCAUCCAGUUGUUCAUCUCAGAAGAGUUGUUGGGGCUGCUGCGUUGGGGGAUCAAAGACAUUUGAAUGGCGUCAUAAGCAUCCUCGUAGUGGAGGGCGUUGGAAAUUAUCUGCAACCAACAUUCUACUCUCGUCUCUGUACUAUGAAUUCCGCUUUAGAUUUUGCUUUUCCGGCUAAAUGGAGUUUUGUUUGCGGAAUCCGACGCGGGGUUCCUCCUUCUCGAUUUGGUUCCGGCGCUGAGUCAUGCUUAAAAAGAGAUGUGCACAGACAAAGAAGCAGUCUCGAGUCAAUGUUCUGUUAUGAUAAGCCAAUUCCAGAGGAAAUAAUCGAGGAGCCAGUAGGAUUAUCCAUGUCAGAGAGAGAGAUUGGUGAUAAUCAGCGUUGCACUUGUUGUGAAGCUAAAGGUGCAUUGCUUUGUGCCACUUGCGCUGGAACUGGUCUAUAUGUAGACUCUAUAAUGGAGAGCCAAGGCAUCAUUGUUAAAGUCCGUUGCUUAGGUUGUGGUGGAAGUGGUAACAUUAUGUGCAAAAGUUGUGGUGGGCGUGGUCACGUAGGACACUGA